UUAUACUUUUGCAAUUCAUCUAUCUUAUACUUAUAAAUUCUAAAUAUAAUGUGAUUGAUCUUAAUUUGUUGACUAUGCAAUAAUUAUUUCAGGGUAGCACAUCCAUAGGUACAAUGUAAACAAAUUUAAGUACACCUUUCACAUUUUAGUGGGAAAUACGGGGACGUUUAAUCGCUUUGUCGUUUGAAAAUCUGAAAAUUUGGUCAACCCAAAAAAUAUACACUUCUAAAUAUUGCAAUGUAUGGUAUGCUAUAUGAAAGCGUUCAGCACUAUGUGCAAGAGGAAUAUGGUAAAGAAGUGUGGAGCAAGGUGUGCGCCAUAGUAGAUUGCAAACACAGCAGUUUUAAAACGCAUCAAAUAUAUCCGGAUAAAUUAAUGCCCGACAUUGCGGCUGCUUUGUCGGCCUGUACAGGCGAAACGUUUGACUUUUGCAUGAACUUUUUUGGAAAAUGCUUUGUCCGAUUUUUCAGUAAUUUCGGCUACGACAAGAUGAUACGUUCUACAGGUCGUUAUUUUUGUGACUUUCUACAGUCCAUUGAUAACAUACACUUGAUAAUGCGAUUCACAUAUCCCAAGAUGAAGUCACCCAGCAUGCAAUUAACCAAUAUGGAUGAUGAGGGAGCUGUUAUACUAUAUCGGAGUAGCCGUACGGGCAUGUCCAAAUACCUAAUCGGUCAGAUGACUGAGGUGGCUCGCGAGUUUUAUGGUCUGCAGAUAAAAGCUUAUGUUAUUGAGAGUCAAAACGACAUCAAUGGCGGUACAGCUGGACCCAUUAGACUUACAGAUGGCCCAUUAACGGUCAUAGUAAAAUAUCGCCUUGACUUUGAUAAUAGGGAGUAUAUGGCCAAGCGUGUCAAUACGGUAGUACAUCCCUCGCAGCUUAAGAUGCCUGCCGUGGACUUAAAAGUAUUUUUAGAGCUCUUUCCAUUCACAAUUGUACUCAAUCAUGAAAUGAAAAUAACGCAUGCUGGAGAAAAAGUUGUUGAAACAUGGAUCAUGCAUAAUCCAGGAGCCAAUCCGAAAGCAUUUCUUGGCGCCCAUGUCAUGGAUCUCUUUCACUGUCGCCGCCCGAAGGACACCAACAUUGAUUGGGACACCUUAAUUCAAAUGCGAACCGUUCUAUUUGAACUUGAACUCAUACGCACUGGACACAACCGGGCUGCAUAUGAUGCUGUUCUAAACAUGGACUUUGAAAACUAUGACGAUAUGUUGUUGAACGAAGCGCAGUCCUUGGUUAUGCAAAAGGCGAAAGAGUUUAGUGCGGAGCAUACAAGCGAUAUAGAUGAAGGCGAAGAAAGCGAUGAGAUAAUCGAUCCAGCCACCGGCCAACGCCGUUCUUCACAGGGUCUUCGCUCUAUUUUGCUUAAAGGGCAAAUGUUUUACAUUAAGGAUGUGGACUCUCUUAUAUUUCUAUGCAGUCCCUUGAUAGAGAAUUUGGAUGAGCUUCAUGGCAUUGGUUUGUACCUUAACGAUCUUAAUCCUCAUGGCCUAAGUCGUGAGCUUGUCAUGGCUGGCUGGCAACAUUGUUCCAAGCUGGAAAUAUUGUUUGAAAAAGAAGAGCAACGAUCGGAUGAGUUGGAAAAGUCUUUGGAGCUAGCGGACUCGUGGAAGCGACAAGGAGAUGAACUGCUUUACUCCAUGAUUCCGCGUCCGAUUGCUGAGCGAAUGCGAUUAGGUCAAGAGCACGUUUGUCAAAGUUUUGAAGAAGUCUCCGUUAUUUUUAUUGAGGUCAUGAACAUCUACGAUAGUGGCUCAAAUAAUAUACAAGAAGCCAUGCAGGCUGUAAAUACCUUGAAUAAGGUAUUUUCGGCGCUAGACGAGGAAAUCAUAUCACCAUUUGUGUAUAAAGUAGAAACCGUGGGUAUGGUCUACAUGGCCGUAUCAGGUGCACCUGAUAUUAAUCCCCGGCACGCCGAACAUGCCUGCGACAUGGCACUACGCGUUAUGAAGAAAAUAACAUCACAAAAUCUGUCGGAUGUAGUUAUUCGUGUGGGUAUCAAUUCUGGUCCAGUGGUGGCUGGUGUCGUGGGGCUGAAGGUUCCGCGCUAUUGUCUAUUUGGAGACACUGUCAACACUGCCUCGCGCAUGGAGAGCAGUGCUGAACCUUGGAGAAUACAACUAUCCAAUUAUACAGCCGAAAAGGUGCGGGAAGUGGGAUAUAAAGUAAAAUCACGCGGCACUGUCGCCGUCAAAGGAAAGGGCGAAAUGGAAACUUAUUGGCUACUGGACGGACCCGAGUAAUAAGCUCAAUCCGAAUAUAAUUAUUAUAUUAUCCAAAUAGGGUUAAU